AUGGACGCAGCGCUGCUCUACAGCCUGCUGGAGGCCAACUGCAGCCUGGCGCUGGCCGAAGGGCUGCACUUGGACGGCUGGGGGCUGCCCCUGGACCCCGAGGGUCCCUACUCCUACUGCAACACGACCUUGGACCAGAUCGGGACGUGCUGGCCCCGGAGCGCGGCCGGAGCCCUGGUGGAGAGGCCGUGUCCUGAGUACUUCAACGGCGUCAAGUACAACACGACCCGGAAUGCCUACCGAGAGUGCUUGGAGAAUGGGACGUGGGCUUCACGGAUCAACUACUCACAGUGUGAGCCCAUUUUGGAUGAUAAGCAGAGGAAGUACGACCUGCACUACCGCGUCGCCCUCAUUGUCAACUACCUGGGUCACUGCGUUUCUGUGGUCGCCCUCGUGGCCGCCUUCCUGCUUUUCCUGGCCCUGCGGAGUAUCCGCUGUCUGCGGAACGUGAUUCACUGGAAUCUGAUCACCACCUUUAUCCUGCGCAAUGUCAUGUGGUUCCUGCUGCAGCUCAUCGACCACGAAGUGCACGAGAGCAAUGAGGUCUGGUGCCGCUGCGUCACCACCAUCUUCAACUACUUCGUGGUGACCAACUUCUUCUGGAUGUUUGUCGAGGGCUGCUACCUGCACACGGCCAUCGUCAUGACCUACUCCACCGAGCACCUGCGCAAGGGGCUCUUCCUCUUCAUCGGAUGGUGCAUCCCCUGUCCCAUCAUCGUUGCCUGGGCCAUUGGCAAACUCUACUAUGAAAAUGAACUGUGCUGGUUUGGCAAGGAGCCCGGCGACCUGGUGGACUAUAUUUAUCAAGGCCCCAGCAUCCUUGUGCUCUUGGUCAAUUUUGUAUUUCUUUUCAACAUCGUCAGGAUCCUCAUGACAAAACUGCGAGCAUCCACCACAUCGGAGAUGAUCCAGUACAGGAAGGCGGUAAAGGCCACCCUGGUCCUGCUGCCCCUCCUGGGCAUCACCUACAUGCUCUUCUUUGUCAACCCUGGGGAGGACGACCUGUCGCAGAUUGUGUUCAUCUAUUUCAACUCCUUCCUGCAAUCCUUCCAGGGUUUCUUUGUGUCUGUCUUCUACUGCUUCUUCAAUGGAGAGGUGCGCUCGGCCGUGAGGAAGAGGUGGCACCGUUGGCAGGACCAUCACUCCCUCCGAGUGCCCGGGGCCCGGGCCAUGUCCAUCCCCACGUCGCCCACACGGAUCAGCUUCCACAGCAUCAAGCAGACGGCCGCCCUGUGA